AUGGGACGGAUCUUCGAGUAUUUUGUGGUGUGUGGACUGGGUCCGGAGAUCAGAACUCUGGAUGGAAACAAAGGAUAUCAUGGAAUGCGAGUGUUGUAUUUGUCUUCUUUACUCGAUCAAUAUCCUCCUGAUAGUCACUCUCUUUAUCCUCCGCCUCCUCCUCAACUCCCAACUUGUGUGCUUCCUGGUGGUGUGGAGUUUUACUCGUCGGGAUUUGAUGCUAAUGAUUCCUCCACAUUUCCUAGAAGUUACCCCAUUGUUUUGACUGAGGGUGAUGGAUCCAAAAUUUAUGUUAGUUGCAUUGCCUUUCGGGAUCCAGUUAGUGAGGAUAUUGCUCAAGCUUACCGUAUACCUCCAAAUUCAUAUGCUGACAAAUGUAUCUGCCUUGUUUCCCGUUCCCCUAGUUUUGGUGUUCUUAGAAAUGCACUAGAAGAGUUAUUUGCACUUUGCUUCUCCUCUGCUGGAAGUAGCAAGCCAUUGUGGGAUGUUAUAUCAUACAUGGUCUCCAAUGUACCUUUGCCUACUCCUGGAAAGGAUCGGGUCUUGUUUGCCAUUGAGAAUUGCCUGCUUUCUGUGGAAGCUCCACCCAAAGAUGGACUCCCCCAUGUUGAUAUAUCAUUUCAGCCAUUGGUACAGUGUUUGGAUGUGGACAACUUACUCAAACUUUUUACUGCUGUGUUACUUGAAAGGAGGAUUUUACUUCGUUCCAACAAGUUCCCGAUUAGGUAUUCACUUUUAACCCUAGCAUCAGAGGCCAUAUGUCAUUUGAUUUAUCCCUUUAGGUGGCAGCAUGUCUACAUUCCAUUACUAUUUUUCAGUGGAGUAGACUACAUUGAUGCUCCUACACCAUAUAUGAUGGGUCUGCAUUCAACCGUUGAUACAUCUAACCUUGCAAUGGAUGGUAACUGUGACUACUAUGUUGUGCAAACUGUGGAAGGAUUCUCUUGGAAAAUGGUAGUUGUGGUGGACCUUGAGUAUAACCGUAUUUGCACCUCAGAGGAAAUACCACCUAUUCCAGAGCCUGAAUUAAGUUCUCUGCGGUGUGAGAUACUGAAGUUAUUGUACCCCAAUGUUAUGGGAAUAGAUCAGAUGAAAGCUAGUCUGGUUAACUCAUCUGAGCAAUAUUUUAAUGGCUUCAACAAGCCUUGGGGAGAAGAUCAUGACCUCCAACUUAGGUUAAUAUUCCUAAAGUUCUUUGCAUCCAUUUUAGGUGGUUACCGGAAUUUCAUUGAAAAUACUGCCACUCAUGCCUUCAACGCUCAAGCAUUUUUGAGGAAACGCUCCCGGUCAACCAACCAACCACCGGAUCCCAUGAUAACACAGUUCUUAGAUUCCCAUGGCUUCUUGGAUUAUCUGGAGAGAGGUAGUGGUUCUGAUGAAAGCAAUAAUAAUCUUCUUGACAAGUUACAAGAUGCAAUUGGAAGGGGUCAGAAUCCCAUUUCAGUUCUUCCCUCUUUUUUGGUAGAGCCUGAGAUUAUAACCAUAUCAGAUCCAGAUGUCGGAAUAUUGGGAUCAGGUGCUAAAUAUACCUAUGAUAGGUUUCCUUCAAAUAUCAGAUCAGAAGAACUAGAGGAGAAGAGGAAGCAAAUUCUUGCAGCAGCAAGUGGAGCUUUUGAAUACAUAAAGCAUGCUCCCAGUUCUCCAUCUGUGCAAGUGGGAAAGGAUUCUCUUAGUCCCAUGGAGAGGGCUGCAGAAAGGGAGCGCAUGGUUUUGGACAUUCAAGUUAAGCUGCAGGGUUUGUGGUUGCGUCUUCUUAAACUUGGAGCUACUGAUGAUCCACUUUCAUCUUUUGAAUAUGGCACUAUCCUUGCACUGAUUGAGUCUGACGCAGAGGGGAUUGGUGGCAGUGGGUUUGUUGAAUGUAUAAGGGAGCAUAUACACUCUGGAUGGCACUGUCAAUUGACCGAUGAGCAGUUUAUUGCGGUGAAAGAACUGCUUAAAACAGCAAUUAGUCGUGCAACCUCCCGGAAUGAUCUGUCAACCAUUAGAGAUGCCCUUGAAGUAUCUGCUGAGAUGUAUAAAAGAGAUGCUAAUAACGUUUCUGAUUAUGUCCAGCGUCAUCUUAUUUCUCUGUCUAUAUGGGAGGAGCUAAGGUUCUGGGAGGGGUACUUUGAGUAUCUAAUGGAGCAUCCUUCAAGCAAGUCAGCCAGUUAUGCAGCUUUAGUGACAACCCAACUAAUUCUUGUGGCAUUACACAUGGUGGUUGGAUUGGGACUUCUUGAUACUGAUGCUUGGCACAUGAUUGAAACAAUAGCAGAGAAGAAUCAUGUUGGAUACAAACAGUUUAUAAAACUCAGAGGAUUCUUGUCACACAUCCAGCAAAUUCGUAUCAGUUACUGGGGAAUCUCUUCUGUAAAAGCCCAAUCCAUGUUAUCUCCUGGAUUGUCUUCCCCACGCCCAAAAGAUUCUAUGGAUGAGAAUCACCAACCUGCAGAAGCUUCUGUUAUUGGCAGGAGCUGGGUCCAAAGCAUGUUUAGCAGAGAUUCAUCCAGAGCAAACUCUUUUAGUCGUGUUCGUAAAGGGGCUUCCGAUGGCACUUCGGCAGUAAAUGAAAAUGGAACCCCUAGAAGACAAGAUUCAUCUGCUGUUGCGCAGAAGAAACUUCAAACCAAUGUUCGCAUACUUAGAGGGCAUAGUGGGGCUGUUACUGCCUUACAUUGUGUAACUAGAAGAGAGGUAUGGGAUCUGGUUGGUGACCGUGAAGAUGCCGGUUUCUUUAUCAGUGGAAGCACAGACUGCAUGGUUAAAAUCUGGGAUCCUAGCAUUCGUGGUUCCGAACUUCGUGCAACUUUGAAAGGGCAUACUAGAACUGUUCGUGCUAUAAGUUCUGAUCGAGGAAAAGUGGUGUCAGGAUCUGAUGAUCAGUCUGUUAUUGUAUGGGAUAAGCAAACAUCCCAGCUUCUUGAAGAGCUGAAGGGCCAUGAUGCACAGGUUAGCUGUGUCCGUAUGCUGUCUGGUGAACGUGUCCUUACUGCUGCACAUGAUGGAACUGUUAAGAUGUGGGAUGUCCGAACUGAUACUUGUGUGGCAACAGUUGGCCGUUGCUCGAGUGCAGUCCUAUGCAUGGAGUAUGAUGAUUCCACUGGAAUUCUUGCUGCUGCUGGUAGAGAUGCGGUUGCAAAUAUAUGGGACAUCCGUGCUGGUAAGCAGAUGCACAAGCUUUUAGGGCACACAAAAUGGAUUCGGUCAAUUAGAAUGGUUGGAGACACACUGAUUACGGGUAGUGAUGAUUGGACUGCAAGAGUGUGGUCUGUUUCACGAGGAACAUGUGAUGCUGUUCUAGCCUGCCAUGCUGGUCCAAUACUGUGUGUUGAGUAUUCCAUGUCAGAUCGAGGAAUAAUAACAGGUUCAACUGAUGGGCUUCUCCGAUUUUGGGAAAAUGAGGAAGGAGACAUAAGAUGCGUGAAGAAUGUUACCAUUCAUGUUGCCCCUAUAUUAUCCAUCAAUGCUGGGGAACACUGGUUGGGAAUUGGAGCAGCUGACAAUUCUAUGUCUCUCUUUCACCGGCCUCAAGAGAGACUUGGCAGCUUCUCUAGCACGGGAUCAAAAAUGGCUGGGUUAGAUGUGUGGCUUCUGACCUUGAAAGGAAAAGGAUAUGUAGUGGUGGCCGUAAUGGAGUUCUUAGGUUAUGGGAAGCAACCAUCAAUAUUUGAUUUUGUAUCAUAUCCGGGAAUUGAUCAGAAGGCGUAUAACACACGGUGA